AAAAAUGAUAAAAUUAAAAUACAUGUACCAAAUCAACAAAUUACCCAUCUAAUAGCAGAAUUUAACUUUUAUCUAACACAAAAUUUAUAUGAAUGUUACUCAUAAAUUAGUGUGGAUUACGAAAAGUCCUCCUAGUUUGUCUUCAACUAAGAUAUUUCUUAAAUUUAAAUUGUACUUUUCUAUCAAAAAAGAUAAACAUGUCAUAAUGAUAAAGACACGAGUGGUUGAAAGUGAAGGACCAAGGAAAGUUUGUUCCAACAAAUACACAAGAAAUUUAUUGCUCCAUCAAUGUUCCAAAACACACUCCUUCAAGAAAAAGAGAGAACGAAAAUAAUCAAUGCAAGAGACGAUCGUUCUCUACCCAUCGCCCGGAUUGGGCCAUGUGUUCUCAAUGGUGGAGCUUGGCAAACUCAUCCUUCACCACUACAACAACCGAUACUCCAUCACCAUCCUCCUUACCACUGGCUUUUGGGACACCCCAACCAUCAUCUCUUACAUCAAUUCCGUCUCCCAAGCCUUCCCAUCUAUCUCCUUCUUUCGCUUCCCUUCCAUCUCCAUUGACCUAUCUCAAAACUGCAGCGGUGCCGCCAUUGCCUUCCACUUCAUCCGCCUUCAUGCACCCAACGUCCUCCAUUCUCUUCAACAAAUCUCCAAAUCUCACAAAAUCUCCGCUUUUAUCAUUGAUCUUUUCUGCACUUCGGCUUUAUCUAUGGGAAAAGAUCUUAACAUCCCUACUUUUUACUUCUUUACCUCUGGUGCUUCUACCCUUGCUGCUUUCCUUCAAAUCCCAAAGCUUGAUAAACAAACCUUUGGAAGAAGCUUCAAAGAUCUGCCCAACACGGUCUUCCAUUUUGAGGGUGUGCCAUCGUUGAGAGCUGUACACAUGCCUGAACCUUUACUUGAUAGAGAAGAUCCAGCUUAUCAUGAUUUUAUGUACUUCAUGUCAAGUCUUCAACAAUCAGAUGGAAUCAUAGUCAACACUUUUGAAGAUCUUGAACCCAUUUCCAUUAAGGCUAUUGCUAAUGGUUUAUGCCUUCCUGAUGCUCCAAGUACUCCACCAACUUUCUACGUUGGACCUUUGAUUGCACCAAGUAAACAUGAAGCUGAAAAUGACUAUUGUUUAUCAUGGCUAGAGAAGCAACCGAGUCAAAGCGUUGUGUUCUUGUGUUUUGGAAGCCAUGGGACGUUCUCUCCACCCCAAGUUAAGGAAAUAGCCAAAGGGUUGGAAAAUAGUGGGCAAAGGUUCUUAUGGGUUGUAAAAGAUCCACCCAAUCAUGAAAAGACUAAGCAAGCUGAAGAUAACCCUGAUGUGGAUUUAGACAGUCUUUUACCAGAAGGAUUUAUGGAGAGAACCAGAGAUAGGGGUUUGGUUGUGAAGUCAUUUGCGCCACAAGUAGCAGUGUUGAACAAGGACUCAAUUGGUGGCUUUGUGACUCACUGUGGGUGGAACUCGGUAUUGGAAGCGGUGGUGGCUGGGGUGCCUAUGAUUGCAUGGCCUUUAUAUGCAGAGCAACACUUGAACCGGAACAUUUUGGUUGAGGAUAUGAAGAUGGCUAUUCCGGUGGAGCAGAUGGAGGGGGAUGGGUUUGUGAGUGGAACUGAGUUGGAGAAACGAGUGAGAGAGUUGAUGGAAUUGGAGAAGGGUAAGGAGCUUAGAGAAAAGAGCAGGAAGAUGAAAGAGAAGGCCUUGGCUGCCAUGGGUCCAGCAGGGUCUUCUACUAAAGCACUUACGAAGCUGGUUGAGUUAUGGAAGUAAGGUAGAGGCCGGUGUUUCUUCGGGUUUUUUACCCAUAUAGUAUAAAAUAAUUAAAAAAAUAUCAAAAUGGUACUAAUAGCAAAUUAUUAACGAAAAUUGGGGAGAGUGGUGCCGCGUAUGGUAGAGACGUGACUAUCCUCACACCUGACAUGAACAGUAAAAAACAGUAAAAAGUUGCUGAAAAAAAAAAGGCUAAAAUUGAAAAAAAGAAGAAGCUGAAUCUGGAAAAAAAAAGUUGUUCUGGUGGUGUGCCUGCCACAGGCGGCAGAGACGGCACCGGUCUCCUGCAUGCACACCUUGUUUUUUCUGCUAUGUUGGGACCCCAACUCCAUUUCGGGAAGAAAAAAAAAAAGAGAAGAAGAAAAGGAAGAAGGAGAAGAAGGAAGAAGGAGAAGAAGGAAGGAGAAGAUGAAAAGAAAGAAGAGCAGAAGAAGAAGGAGAAGGAGUCGGCAGGUGAGGGAAAGAAAAAAGAAAAAGACAAGGAGAAGGAGAAGAAAAGGGAGGGAAGGAAGGAAGGAAAAAAAAAAGAAAAAGGAGAAAAAAAGAGGUGGGAGGGUAGUCACGCCUCUACCAUAGACGACACCACCCUCCCUUUAUCAUUUUCGUCAAUAAUUUAUUAUUAGUAUCAUUUUGAUUUUUUUUAAUUAUUUUAUACUAUAGGGGUAAAAAACCCUGUUUCUUUUAUGGGUCUCUUACAAGGUCAUUAGGUGUGGUGUGAGGACUAAGGCAAUCACUAACAGAUCUACUGUUUCUAUAUUAGUAUGUAAUAUUUUAUAUGUGAGAUUAAAUAAUUUUUAAAUAUAAAAUAUUUAUAAAAAAUACUUUGGUUGAAGUGGUAAAGAA